AAUUUCAUCCGUACCAAACGUAACGGCUGCUGAUCAAUAGUAGUAUAUUCGUAGAUUUGGGAUGAGUUUCUGAAUUAAUCGUUCUCAGGAAACAUUCCCAUCCAACAGGUUGUGUGCGGAAAAAAGGUACACGUUCAGUAGAUGCAAGAAGUCAACCAGAGGCCAGGCCGCCCCGGACGCCACCCCACCACCAAAAGGGAAGUCAACCAGAGGCGAGGCCACGCGACACCACCACUUCCCCCGUCACAAAUCCGAGCCGAGGGGGGGAGGGCGGCGGCAGCAGCAGCGGCGCCGGCCCCCGCGACGGGACGAGACAGCGCGCGCGCGGCGAUGGAGCGGCGGGGGCAGAAGCCUGAAGACGCGGAGCCGCCGGGCAAGGACGGCGCUGGCGGCCCUCCGGCUCCGCCGCCGCUGUUCCUGGAGGUGACGUGCCGGAGCUCCGGCAAGGUCCGGCGGUUCGCGGCGGGGACGACGGCCCGGUACGCGCUGCACGCCAUCAACCGCAAGCUCGAGCCGGGGGCCCCGCCGGCGCUGCACGUCGAGGCCGUGAGGGACGGCGAGGAGCCCGUCAGCUUCGGCCCCAGCGCGGCCCUCGCCGACUACGGCCGCGGCUGGCGGCUGCAGACCGUCACCGCGCAGGACGCGCCCGGGAUCCACCACGCGCCACGCGCUGACACGAAACGGGGUGAGACGCAGGCUGCCGUGGAUUCCGUCGCCAGGGAGACGACGAGGAGCACUUCGGUCUACGUCGCCAAGAUCGUGCUCGCGUUCGUGUUCAUCUUCUUGCUCGGCGGAUUGUUCACGUACAUGCUCGAGGUGGUCCCUGACAUGCUCCAGGCUUCACCGGCGCCUGAAUCUCUGUAGAACCCGCUGACUGAUUCCGCGUGUAUCAUUCCAGUGAUCUUUCAGCGACAUUUUCCCCCCUUUUCUGAUAAGAUCGUGUGCAGUCUUGUGUCGAUGGCAACUUAUCUCACUUUAACCGCAUGAACAUUCAUCGUCUUUGUAGUUUUCC